AUGCCGCGGCGGCCGCUCGCCAGGCGCGGACGAAUCCGGCGAAGCUGCGGGAUGCGCGUUGCCCGCGUCGGGAUGAGAAGCUACGGACCGUCCAAUGAAAACGAUCCUGCCGAGGCCCCGCCCUCGCUGGUGCGCCAUCACCUGCGAGCAGAAACUCCGCCCACAAGCCACGCCCCCGUUUUGUUGUUAUCUAAAGCAGCCAAUCCGCAGAGGGCCCUCAUAUAA